AUGGGUGGUGGUGCUGCCGCCGCCGCUGCUGCUGCAGCUGCUGGUGGUGGUGGUGGUGCUGCUGCUGCUGCUGCUGCUGCUGGUGCUGGUGGUAGUGGUAGUGGUGCUGCGUCUAUUGCUGCGCGUUCUGCUCGUGCUGCUCUUGCCAUUCGUGCUGCGAAUGCUGCUGCUGCAGGGAGGGGAGGGCAGGGGGUGGGAGGAGGAGCGGGAGGAGCAGGAGGAGGAGGAGUAGGAGGAGGAAUGGGACUUGCUGGAAGGAGGGAGGGGGUAGGAGGAGGGAUGGGGGGAGGAGAAGGGGUGGGGGAAGGGGAAGACGCGGGAAUGGGGGGAGAGAUGGCUGGGGGAAGUCAUGAGGUGGGGGUGGUGCGGGGGAGGGUGAGGGGAAUGGGCGGAGCGGGGGGGGUUGGGGGGAUGGGAAUGGGGGGAAUGGGGGGAGCAGGGAGCAUGGGGGAAAUGGAAGAGGCGGUGCUGAGUAGGAUAUUAGAGGCGCAUGGGAUGGGGGGAUUUGGGGGAGAUGGCAUGGGGGCAUGGGGCGUGAGAGGAGGGGGCAUGGGGGAAGGCAUGGGGGGAGGCAUGGGGGAAGGGGAGAUUGGGGAAGGAGGAGCAGAGGGGGAUGCGAUGUGGGGGGGAGAUGUAGAUACUGGGGUGAUGGGCGUAGCAGGGGCAGGGGGAGGGGGGGGAGGUGGGUUAGAAGUAGGGGGAAUGGGCGGAUGGGAACAUGCAGGGGGAGGCGGAAUGGGGGAGAGAAUGGAUGAUGCAGGUGGGAUGGGAAUGGGGGUGGACGAAAGAGGAGGAGGAAGAGGGGAGGCAGGAGGGAGGGUGGUCGGAGGUGGCAGGGGGGGAGCCUCGGAUUGGGGAACAGGCAUGGGAACAGGAGGGGAUGGAGGGAUGGGAGGAGGAGGGAGGGGAGGGGGAGGAGGCAAUGCGAGCAUGGGUGGCAUGGGGAGUGGCAUGAGUGAUAUUACUGCCAUGAAUGGUGGCAUGGGUGGUGGUAACAUGGGUGGUGGUACCAUGGGUGGUGGGAUCAUAGGUGGUGCCUACAGCAGCACCAUGCCUGAUUACAUGCCGACCAUGCCUCAACCCAUGCAUUCACCCAUGCAUGCACCCAUGCAUGCACCCAUGCGUGCAUCCAUGCGUGCUCCCAUGCCCCGUCAUGUAAGCCCCCAUGUGAGCCCACACAUGGGCUCCUCACACAUGGGCUCCUCACACAUGGCAAGUUCUCUCAUGCAUGAUGCAAUCCCACCCAUGGAAGGUUUGCCUGCAUUCGAGGGCCAUCCGGGCAUGGAGGGAAACCACCCUAGGAUGGGGGGGGCAUUAGGCCAUCAGGGCAUGGAGGGAAACCACCCUAGGAUGAGGGGGGCAUUAGGCCAUCAGGGCAUGGAGGGAAACCACCCUAGGAUGGGGGGUCGGCAGCAUGGGAUCAUAGGAGCAGGGACCGGGGGGCUGGAGGGGACCGGCAUGGGGCAAGGGGUGGGGGAAGGGGUGGGGGAAGGAGGGUAUGCGUUGGGGGAUCAGAUGGGGGAAGGUCUGGGUGGGGGAAUGAGGGGUGCGGGCAUGGGUGAAGGCAUGAGGGGGGAUAUGAGGGGUGUUGGCGUGCCCAGAAGAAUGGGGGGUCACAAGCCUAUAGGUCCAGCAGCAGGAGCAGCAGCAGGAGCAGGAGCAGGAGGUGUAGCAGAGAUGGCAGCAGCAUAUCAAACCCCUCACCCGGACCGACACCAGCCUCUGUGUGUGCUCCCAUGCGCGGUGUUCGCUCGGGGCUUGGCGUGGGGGUCGGGGGAGGGUUCGGGGAUAUGGGUGGGGGAGGGGUUGGCGAUGGUGGGUCUUUUGUUGGUGAUGCGUGCUCGCCGACUCUGGUAA